AUGCUACCUAUAAUUCGGUCUCACAGCGGUACAGCAUCAAGACCCUCCCUCAACAGCUCAGUUCGGUCUCACAGCAGUACAGCAUCAAGACCCUCCCUCAACAGCUCAGUUCGGUCUCACAGCGGUACAGCAUCAAGACCCUCCCUCAACAGCUCAGUUCGGUCUCACAGCAGUACAGCAUCAAGACCCUCCCUCAACAGCUCAGUUCGGUCUCACAGCAGUACAGCAUCAAGACCCUCCCUCAACAGCUCAGUUCGGUCUCACAGCGGUACAGCAUCAACACCCUCCCUCAACAGCUCAGUUCGGUCUCACAGCGGUACAGCAUCAAGACCCUCCCUCAACAGCUCAGUUCGGUCUCACAGCGGUACAGCAUCAAGACCCUCAACAGUUAAUUUUUAA